AUGGACGACCAGAGCGGCGACACGCUGCCACCUCUCCUCCUCGCGUGCCGCACCUGCGCGCUGCCCGCGCUGCGGCUGCUCCUCGAGACUGCCGCCUCGCCCGACCGGCUGUGCGACCAGCAUGGGCUCGGCGCGGCUCACCACCUGAGCCUCGCCGAGGCGGAGCCGGGCGACAAGGCGGCCGCGCUGCGGCUGCUGCGGCACGCGAAGCUUGACCUCGACGCACCUUCGCCGUCGGGCCUCCUGCCGGUCCACCUCGCCGCGCGGACCGGCGACCUCGCCUUCCUCUCGCGGCUGCUUCUGGUUUCGCGCAGCAGCGGAGCGCGCGACGACGCGGGCCGGUCGGCGCUGCAUCACGUGGCGCUGGGAAACUCGCCUCGCGAGGCGGCCGUCGUCCCGCACCGGGUCGCCACAGACGGCUCCGUCGCGCCGCUCGACGCAGAGGAGCUCCGCUGCCUCCACCUGCCUCCACCGCCGCCCGAGGAGGAGCAGCUGGCGGUGGCGCAGCUGCUGGUGCGCUUCGCGGCGCUCGACGCGCGCGACGUCGACUCAGACCGCCGCACCGCCGCCGCGGAGCUCGCUUCGUGGCUCAGGGGCGCAGAGGCCGCCGCCGAGCAGAGGGCAAACACGCGCUGCGGCCGCCGCCGCCUGAUGCCGGCCCUGCUGUGCACGGCCAUCGGCGGAGCGCACGUGCUGCUGGCUCUGCCGGCGGGCCUGCUGCUGCUCGUCGCCCUCUCCGGCGCCACCGCCUCGCACUGCCACGCUUGCGCGCAGCCGAGGCCGCUGCGGGCGAAGCACUGCCGCGCGUGCGGCCGCUGCGUCUGCGACUUUGACCACCACUGCCCGUGGAUCAACAACUGCGUCGGCGCGCGGAAUCGCGCCUCCUUCUACCUCUUCAUCUCCCUCCUCCUCGCCGACGCGGCAGCCGUCGCCGCGCUCUCCGCCGACGCCCUCCUCGAACCUUCUCCGCACCCGGCGCCGGACAGAGGCGACGGGCGGCCGACGACGCUGCUGUGGCUCGCGCUGGCGGUGGCGGCGCCCGCCUGCCUUCUGCUCGCUCGCUUCUGGCUCCACAGGACGCGGAACGCCCUCGCCAACCUCACCACAAACGAGCGGCUCAACCGGCGCCGCUACGCGCAUUUCCGAUCCCCAAACGGCGCGCUGGUCAAUCCAUUCGACCGAGGCGCCGCGCGCAACUGCAUCGCCUUUCUGUGCCCGGCCAAGCCGCGGACUGUGAGCCUCCUUUCUGCCGCGUAG